CCAGGAUUUUUAAAACGUACCAUCUCACCACGGAAAUCAACAUUUGGUUGGUUUUCAUAAUUGUUAGUAUUAGUGCUUUUAUUGGAGGAAAUCACCAAUCGAAUGGCAGGCAAAAAGAAAGAAGCAAAUUUACAGACAUCUGUCACUAACCAGGAGCAAUGGGAGGAGAUGUUGGCCAUCAAGGGUUUAACGGUUAUCGAUGUGUACCAGCGGUGGUGUGGCCCCUGUCGGGCGGUUGUCAGACUACUACAAAAAAUAAAGAACGAACUGGGUGAUAACCUUCUGCAUUUUGCAACAGCUGAGGCUGACAACAUUGAUGCACUGGAGAAAUAUAGAGGCAAAUGUGAGCCCACCUUCCUGUUCUAUGGGGGUGGAGAGCUGGUGGCUGUGCUGCGAGGUGCCAACGCUCCUCUCUUACAGAGGAUGAUUGUGGAUGAACUGAAGAAGGAGAAGUUUGUCCUAGAAAAAGGUGGCAAACGCAAAGUGGUUAAAGAUGAUGGACUGGUCAAUGAUGAGGAGAAAGUUGAAGAGGAGAAGUUCCAGCAGUCAUUACAAGAAGAGGGUAUAAUAGUGCCUGCGAGUAAAUCCUACACAGUUGCCAUCAUCAAGCCAGAUGCUGUUGCUCACGGCACGGCAGACGAGAUCAUUAUGAAGAUUCAAGAUGCUGGGUUUGAGAUCCUGACCCACGAGGAACGAACGCUUACCGAAGCAGAGGCACAAGAUUUCUACCAGCACAAAGCACAAGAAGCUUGCUUUGAGGACCUGGUGCAGUUUAUGACCAGUGGACCAUCCCACAUUUUGGUGCUCUCUCAGACUGAGGGCUCUGCCAAUGUGGUGCUAGAUUGGCGUAAAUUCAUUGGCCCAGCAGACAUUGAGGAAGCGAGAAGAGAAAAUCCUGAAAGCUUGCGGGCACAAUACGGCACACAGACACUCUUCAACGCAGUGCAUGGCAGUGAGGACAGUGACCGGGCCAGCAGGGAGCUCGCCUUCUUCUUCCCCAGCUUCAGAACGGCCUCAGCCGCAGAGCAGGAUGGAAAGGAAGAGGGUGUGGAGAGGACACUGGCUCUUAUCCGCCCUGACGGUGCCAGAGACAACAGAGAAGUGAUCUUGUCUCAGAUCCAUGCAUCAGGCUUCACGGUGGCUCUCCAAAGAGAGGUGACACUCACAGAGGAGCAGGUCAGGCAGUUUUAUGCCCAGCAUGCGCAGGAGGACUACUUCCCUGCGCUGCUCCAAAACAUGAUGAGUGGUCCAGUGCUGGCCUUGGCUCUCGCCAGGACAGGAGCUGUCAAUCACUGGAAGAGCAUCCUCGGUCCUGCCGAUGUCAGUAAAGCCAAAGAGGAGCAUCCUGAGUGUUUCAGAGCUCAGUUUGCUGCAGGAAAUGAAGUUAUCAACCAGCUGCAUGGCAGCUCGAGCCCUGAAGAGGCAGAACAAGAAAUCAACUUCUUCUUUCCAAAACAGCACACGCUGGCAGUCAUCAAGCCUGAUGCUAUGGACAAACACAGAGCAGAGAUUUUGGAAGAAAUCCAGAGCAAUGGGUUCUCAGUGACACAGCUGAAGGAGACGAUCCUGUCCAGGGAGAUGGCUGAGGAGUUCUAUAAAGAGCACAGGGACAAGCCUUUCUUCAGCCAGCUGGUGGAUUCCAUGUGUUGUGGACCCUGUAUGAUGCUGGUACUGACCAAAGAGAAUGCAGUGGAGGAGUGGAGGGCCAUGAUGGGGCCCGCAGACCCAAACCAAGCGAAGGCGUCGUCCCCAAACUCACUGAGAGCUCGUUUUGCGACAGACAUCCUCCACAAUUCAGUUCAUGGCCCCUCCAAUCAUCAGCACGCAGAGGAGAAGAUCCACUUCAUCUUCGGUGACAUCAGCUCAUGAGCUUAGUGGUGAAGGAGACCAAACCAACCC